UUGCUAUCUCUCGAUUGUUUUAUGUCCAAGUGUGUACCGCUCGUAGCCUUAGGGUGCCCGAGAGUAAUUGCGACUCAAAACCCAACUCCAUAGUACGCGACGACUUCCGGUUGUCAGAGUGUGAGUAAACGACAACAGCUAGAGCUAGAUGUGCGGGAUCUGGGCACUGUUUGGUGUGACGGACGAGGGCGUCCUUCACCCAGCCGUCGGGGAAUGCUUCAAAGUCGCUCGCCGCGGACCGGACGCCACUCGCAUAGAGACGGUGAAAGACCUUCCCCACUCGGUUCUGGCCUUCCACCGACUAGAGAUCAACGACUCCGCAGGCGGCAUGCAGCCGAUGCGCCUCAAGCGGUAUCCGCAUAUCACGCUCAUCUGCAACGGAGAGAUCUACAAUGCGUUCACUCUGCGCGAUGCUCACGGGUUCGAGUUCGAGUCUCGCUGCGACGUGGAGGUCAUCGUCCACUUGUACGAGAAAUUCGGCGCAGAGGAGACGGCCAGAAUGCUGGACGGCAUCUUUGCCUUUGCACUGGUGGACACGAAACGACGACUGCUGCACUUGGGUCGUGACGUGUUCGGAGUUCUCCCCAUGUUCACGUUCUCCUCGGAAGGUGUCCUGGGUCUCUGUUCAGAGGUGAAGGGACUCCAGUCUGCUGCCAUCAACAGCAAAGACGCCGAUAUCUCCCCAUUCCCUCCUGGACAUGUGAGGACUUAUGAACUCGGGAUGCAGGGCCAGACCUCGCUUGUCUCAGAGAGACGGUUUGUCUCCAUCGGAGGUUCAGACCCAGUGAGAGAGAAGGGGAUGACCCUGUCAUCAGACGUCCAGGCCAACGUGAGGAAGCUGCUAAAGGAGGCGGUGAGGAAGAGGUUGAUGACAGAGAGACCGAUCGGGUGUCUGCUGUCAGGAGGACUGGACUCUAGUCUGGUGGCUGCUCUGGUAGUGGAGUCCAUCAGAGAGACCAGAAAUGGAUUUGUGCACAAGGGAUGCCCGAUCCAGACAUUCUGUAUUGGGAUGGAAGGGUCACCAGAUGUGGAACAUGCGAGAAUGGUGGCACAGCACCUCAACACAGAGCACCACGAGAUAUCUUUCACUCCGGAGGAGGGAUUCCAGGCUAUUCGCGACGUCAUCUACACCCUGGAGACCUAUGACAUCACCACCAUUCGAGCCUCUGUCGGGAUGUACCUGGUGGCCAAGUACGUGAAGGAGAACACAGACACAGCGAUUCUCUUCUCAGGUGAAGGGGCAGAUGAACUGUGUCAGGGGUACAUCUACUUCCACAAGGCACCGACACCGGAAGAAGCAGACAAAGAGUCUCGCCUCCGUCUGGAGGAACUCUACCUUUACGACAACCUCAGAGCCGACCGCUCGGUGGCUGCGCACGGUCUGGAAGUCCGAGUCCCCUUCCUGGACAAGUUCUUCACGUCCUACUACCUCUCCCUCUCCCCCGAAGAGAGACAGCCUCGGGAAGGCAUCGAGAAGUACCUCCUGAGAAAGUCUUUCAGUGACAGAGGGAUUCUGCCUGAUGCCGUUCUCUGGCGUCCAAAAGAGGCAUUCAGCGACGGUGUGUCGUCCAAGAAGAGACCCUGGUUUGAACAUCUUCAGGAUAUGAUAAAAAGCAAAAUCAGUGACAGUAUGCUGUCUGAGGCAGGAGAGCAAUUCAAAGGGGUUGUCCCUGCUACUAAAGAGGCUUAUUACUACCGUCAGGUGUUUGAAGAGCUGUAUCCAGGCAGACACUCCCUCAUCCCCCGCUACUGGAUGCCCAAGUGGUGUGACGCUACCGACCCUUCUGCAAGAGUCCUCUUACAUUAUAAGUAGUCACAGAGUAUUUCACAUUCAGUCAUUUUAAGGCUUCACAAAUUUGCAUCCUAGUCAAUUCACUACAUCAUCAUCAUCAUCGAUCAACAUUCUUUUAUUUAUAAUAUGAUACCCCA